AUGGCGUUUGGAGUUGAUAGUUUUGGUAAGUCAGGAGGUCUUUGUGUAUAUUGGAGGGAGGGGAUUUCUUUUUCGCUGGUUUCAUAUUCUGAUCACAUUUGCGGUGACUUUUCUGAGAAUGGGGGCCGGACUUGGAGAUUUGUUGGAGUCUAUGGGUGGGUGGACAGGGCUCAAAAACAUAAUACCUGGGCACUUAUACGUGAUAUUUACCAGAACUCCCCCCAUCCCAUGGUGUUAGGUGGCGACUUCAAUGAGAUUCUAUGUGCCGAAGAGAAAUCUGGGGGUGCUUUGAGGGAGCAGCGUGCUAUGGAUGCUUUCAGGGAGGUCCUUGACGAGUGUAAUAUGAGGGACCUUGGCCAUGAUGGUUCGUGGGUGACCUGGGAACGUGGAAAUGAUCAAACGGGUUUUAUUAGAGAAAGGCUUGACAGAUUUGUGGCUUGCCCAAGAUGGUGUGCAUGGUUCAAUCAAGCUCAUGUGACUCACCUAACAAAAUUCAGGACGGAUCAUGUGGGUAUUGUUCUAGAUACGGAGGCUAGAAGAAUUUCGAAGAAAAAGUCAAGAAAAAAGAGGUUCCGGUUUGAGACUUGUUGGUUGCUGGCAGAGGGGGUGGAGGAUGUGAUACGGAAUUCUUGGGAAAGCCGUACAGAUCCAGUGUGGAGCAAAGACAAGUUUGACAAUUUAGGCGAACGAAUUGCUGAAACAGAAGAUGCUCUUAAGGAACUUCAAAACCAGGUGCGCUCCCACAGUAAUUAUGCCGAAUGUAAUAGAUUGGAGGGUAUCCUUGAUGACCUCCAUGAAAAGAACGAGGCAUACUGGUAUCUUCGAUCGAGGGGUUCUGAGAUCAAGGAUGGGGACCGGAACACCAAGUACUUCCAUCAUAAGGCAGGCCAGAGACGGAGUAAAAAUCGAAUUAAGGGUCUAAAAAAUGCAGAAGGCGAGUGGCAAACAGGGAAGGAAAUGUUGAAAAAGUCAUCCUCGAUUUUUAUGAAAUAUUGGCAUAUAGUUGGUGAUGAUGUGACUAGAUUUAUUAAUAAUAUUAUUUCUGGUAGAAUUCCUCUUGAUAGUAUAAACCGUAUUAAUGUUGUUCUUAUCCCGAAAGUGAAAGAACCUACUUGUAUAUCCCAAUUUCGUCCAAUUGCUCUGUGCAACGUGCUUUACAAGUUAGCCUCAAAAUCUGUGGCGAACAAACUAAAGCCGCUACUUCAGGGAAUGGUCACUGAGAAUCAGAGUGCCUUUGUUCCUAAGCGUUUGAUCACAGAUAAUGCUUUGAUCGCCCUAGAGUUAUUCCACACCAUGAAGAAGAGAUCCAAGAGUCGUCGGGGAUCGAUUGCAAUGAAAUUAGAUAUGAGCAAAGCGUAUGACAGGGUGGAGUGGGGCUUCCUGAGAAAAUUGUUGGUUAAAUUGGGAUUUGCCGGAGCCUGGGUUGAUACCAUCAUGGCAUUUGUUACUACGGUUCGAUACUCUUUCAUUAUUAAUGGUGUUCCCUCGGACCUGGUCACUCCCUCUAGAGGACUCCGUCAAGGUGAUCCCAUCUCCCCCUAUCUUUUUAUCUUAGUUGCUGAUGUUUUAUCUAGAAUGUUACAGACGGCGUCAAAGAGGAAUCUAAUCCAUGGAGUACGGGCUAGCAGAAAUGGUCCGGAAAUCACUCACUUAUUCUUUGCAGAUGACAACCUUUUAUUUACCAGGGCCACCAGACAGGAAUGUUCAAUAAUUGUCGACAUUCUCAACAAAUAUGAAGCAACUUCCGAGCAAAAAAUUAAUCUGGAAAAGUCGGAGGUCUCUUUCAGUAAAGGUGUUCAUUUGCCAUCUCGGAUCACUCUUAGCUCUAUUCUUGGCAUGGAAAUGGUUGAUAAUCAUGUUAAGUAUCUUGGACUGCCAACUGUAGUGGGGAGAUCGAAGAAAGCGAUUUUUGCCUUUGUUAAGGAUCGUAUCUGGAAGAAAGUGCAAGGUUGGAAGGAAAAAUUCUUGUCAAGAGCAGGGAAGGAGGUUCUCCUCAAAUCAAUCAUCCAGGCUAUCCCAACAUAUUUAAUGGGGGUAUACAGGUUUCCGGAAGGAUUAAUUCAAGAAAUUCAUGCCAUGAUGGCUCGUUUUUGGUGGGGUUCAAAUGAUAAGGGGAGGAAAAUUCACUGGAAAAAUUGGGACACUUUAUGCCAACCAAAAUGUCUGGGGGCAUGGGAUUUCGAGAUUUGGAGUAUUUGGAGCUCCAAAGCUCUAGUUAAGGAGGGGAUUUUAUGGAGAGUUGGGGAUGGUCAGAAUAUUAAUGUAUGGACUGACCCCUGGCUGAUCGAUGAUGAGAGUCGGUUUGUGACUACGGAAGCCCGGCAGGACCUCUGUACGAAGGUGGAUGAGAUUUUCGAUAAAGAAAACCAUUGUUGGGACUCGAACAAAGUAGAGACCAUCUUUAACGAAAGAGAUAAGCGGGCCAUCCUCACUAUCCCUUUAAGUGAGCGCAUGCCGAAGGAUAGUCUUUCCUGGGCAUGGUCUAAAGACGGUUUCUACAGUGUUAAAACAGCAUAUAUCCUGGGAAAAUCUCUUGCACUUGAUAACUUCGAAUUAUUCUGGGUCGAGAUAUGGAAGGCGAAGGUGACUCCAAAGCUCGACAAUUAUGGAUUAGAUGUGGCUGCCAUGAGGUUUCGUCGUAAUAAAUGGGUCUUUGAAAGUGUUUGGGACUCGGAUGUGGCCCUCCUUCUCAGGCAUAGCAGGUUAGUGACUGAUUUCGGUGAGUAUACUGAGAGAAUUUAUGGGAAUACUACUUCUCCAGGCGAACCAGUAGGUAGUCCAAUAUGGGUGCCCCCUCCUAUCGACUUUGUGAAGGUUAAUGUGGAUGCCACAAUUACAGAAAAUGGCUGGGUGGGUUUAGGAGCUAUAGCUCGUGAUGACAGAGGGCGCAUCCUCUUCUCGGCAGUGUGUAGAACAAGGGCGAGAUGGGAACCGUUGGUGGCUGAAUGCAAAGCAGCUCUAUUUGGCAUAAAGAAGGCAAGGGAGAAGAAAUUGGCCAAUAUUAUUCUAGAGUCUGAUUCUUUAUUGCUUGUUUCUAAGCUUAAGAAGGGGUCUUUCUCUCCGGCGGCUGUUGGUGGCAUUUUAGAAGACAUUGUCUAUGCUUGUACGGGUUUUUCUUCCAUUUCUUGGUCUCAUGUAAAAUGGGAGGGAAACUUUGUUGCCCAUCAUUUAGCUAGAUUAGUGUCGUAUGGUAGUGAACAACUCUGGGAUAAUCUUGUUCCAAAUGAGAUUUCCCCAUAUGUACUUUUGGAUUCUCUGUCUAUUAAUUAA